AAAUUAAAUCUAAUUUCAAAGUCCAUUCUAACUGUGAUUUUAAUUCUAAAGUCUCUCAGAAAUUUAUGGUGAAAAAGUACUUUAAUUCUACCAUGGAUGUUCCCUUUAUGAAAUGAAACUACUUAGCCAGGUGAAUGAAAAAUUUCAAUUUGCCUUCUAAAGGAAUGAGACUUUGUUUAUAUUGAUUUGGGGUGUGGUGGUUUUCUCCUUCUGCAUGAUUCAAUAGCCAACAUGAUUAAUUAGGGAAGUGGGCAUUCCCUCAGAAUGAAGUAUUCCCUAAGUCUUUUGAAUCCCUAAGGAGCAGUUCUUUCCGGAAUGUGGAUUCCAAGAUUAUUCCAUUUUGUGGCUAAUGUUACUGAAACCCUCAGAAUGUCACCUAGAAUAUCUGGCCUACAAGGAAGAUAGGUCUUUCUGGAGGAAUCAGCACCGCAGCAGCUGAAGUUCUUUCUGCAGAUAACUUUUCUCAGAUCGAAUUUCGUGGCUGCAUUUAUACUCUGUAGCUCUGUCCUUGCCUGAAGAGCCAAAGGAAGUCAAUGGAUUUCAGCACCCUACACCUAUAAUGCUGCCCACUCCCGCUAGUUAGAGACUGGUUCUUUGCCGGAUGCGAGUCAGAACUUGGGGCAGCAGGCUUUGUUUCUGGGACUGAGUUCCGGACUUUCAUUCUGCCUGAAUAUUUCAGCUUUUUCCCUCACAAGCGACUCUGUCUUUAAGCACAGGACCGAAUCAAAAUGCCUAAUGAAGCAUACCGGAGAAGGGGCGUACAAAUCACUCAUGUAGAAGGGCUGGGGAGAGAGAAGAGAGGAGUCAGCUGACAGGUUGACAUUCUCACAAAACCACUUGAAAACAUGAGCUGGAGACACGAAUUCUGGGACCCACAAAAGGAGCAUGGAGUUUGCUUUGAGCCCCUAGGAAUUGGGCAUACGUCGGAGAAGAGUGCCUGCCGCUCGCUGUCAGCGUUUUUUGCCUUUUUGAAGCCCUUGAGAGAAGGCAGAGCAGGUAGGCCGUGGAGACUUAAUCAAGCCCUGGGUAGCUCGGGACCCAACCACCUCUCUCCUGACUUCCUCAGCACAGAGUCCUUUCAGCACAGAACACGCGUCCGCUGAGGUUCCUGAAUCGCGCUCGAGGCCCACUCCGCAGCGACUGCUGGCGUGCCAUGGCACGCAGGUAAGCAAGGGUUAGCCGGGACCCUCUCACGUCAAGCUGCUCCGCGGCGGCCCAACCCCCACCCGAACCCCGACCCGAGGGGCUAGUCUCGGCCGUCCUGUCCAGCCAGACAAACACUUGGUGCCAAGGCUGUCUCUGAGCACUUCCCAAAUCUCUCAUUCCCCCCUCAAGUGAGCUGUCGGCACUUCUCCAGUGGCCUCCCAGGCUCUCAGCUGCAACCCCUAGGAUAAACGCAGUCGGCCGAAAGGCAGGUGAAGGAAAAGAAGCAUCUGAAUUGGGAGAACGGACACACUCGAAAAACCACCCCAUUCUCCAGGAAAAGGUAAUAAGGGGAAGCGAAACAGUGUGAACUUAGUCGGAAAUGCAAACUACACUUCACUGUCUCCCUGGGCGCAUACAAACGACUAAAAGACAAAUCAGCCAACGCACUAGGCGUCUUCCCAGAAGGGGCCUCAUGAAUGAGAAUCGGUUGCUAGGUUUCCUUCCUCCUGACAAUCGCUUCCCACAAAACUUCCACCGCGAAAGAAAACAAGCAGGGCCUGGCAACUGCAGAGCAGAGGAACCGUGCCAAACCCACGAGGUCGCCCGCGGCUUCUCCCGCCUUCAGGACCCUGGAGAGCGUCCACCGCGCCCAGGGGACCCGCGCCCCGCCCUGAGCGCCUAGUAUCCCGCGCCUCGUCGUCCUGUCACUUUUACUCGCUGCUCCCGCCUCCACCUUCAUUUUUCUUGGCCUCAAACUGUUUCCCAAGUUCUUGUUCACGAAGGGUGGCUCUCUUCCAAGUCUUAUCUAGACGCGCCUCCGGCCCUUCUCGCGCUCCCACUCUCCCUACCCUCUCGGCUUCUGCAGGGUCGGGAGGCUUGGGAGGAAAUGACGUAAUGCUAUUUUUGUGUGUGUCAGGUCAGCCUCCAGCUUCAGCUAGCUCCUUGAGCUUCGGCGCACGGCCCCAGCCGUCUGCCCGUCUUUCCCGAGGGCACAUGGUGCGCUAUAGGGAUUAUAGCUCUCUGGACCCGCAGAGCUGGGAGGCAGAGUUCCUCCGCCACCCUCCGGAUCGACCCUUUUCCCCGGACUUCGGGGCCCCUAGAGACAGAGGGCUGCUGCCAAGGGUCUCAGGGAGAUCAGGAGUCCGUAGUUUCCUCCUCCCCACGAACCACGUGGGGCGUCCGACUCUGGCUGGCGGAGAGAAGUCCUGUCCAGUGCGGAACAACCAGUGACGGAGGAUGCAUCGGGGUGGGACAGGGGCAGAGCUUGGAGAAACACCCUGGGAAAAGGCGGAAGGUAGGGGCUGCCCUCCAGAGGCGGGACCAGUCGGUGCCUUGGCUCUCCAGGGUUCGAAGCGCCGCCUCCGCGCGCCCUGCUCUUCCGCACACCCACACUCGCACCUCCCUCUGCCCCACUUCAUUCCCAAGGUCCGAGUACACAGUCCAGCACAGGGGAGUCUAGUUCGGCCCCAGCACGCGGCAGCAUAGGGAUAGCAGAACGGACCUUGCAGACGCCUGGCUUGGCGCCCACACUCGGUACUUCCUAGUCUCCAGUUGGAGGAGGGGGCUACGGUCUGGGCGCGGAUUGGGUCCCGCGUAUGGCCUCGGGCGACACCGCUCCUCCCCCGCCCCCGCCCCAGUGAAGCGUGCUGCCGCUGGGAGGGAGGAGAGCCCGGGAUUGCCCGGCCCGGGAGAGCGUAGUGAGGUUGCGGGGAGGAGGCAAAGCCGAGCGAGGGGGGCGAGAGGAAAGACCAGGAGCCAGAGGAAGAGGAAAGCCGGUGAGAGCGAUCGGGGGGGGUUAGUAAGGACAGCACUUGGUAUUAUAAUAAAAAUCUGGCACACGCGGGACGCAUGCGCACGGCCGACGGAGACAAGCUGGCCGAACCUUCCCCUCCAACUUCCCCGGUGGACAGUGGAAUCAUGUACCAAGAACAUGAUGCCCGGAGGAGGCUGAAGGCUCGUCCCCAGGAGCAUUAAAGGAGUCUGUCUCCCAGAGGUGCCCGUAGAAUGUGCUCCUAUGGGACCGAAGCGCUCGGAGAUGCGGAGGCAGCCGAUGUCUGCAGCCCUGGACGCCCCGGACUCAGCGGGCACACGUGGGGCGCACAAUGCCUGCUGCUUUUGCUGGUGUUGCUGCUGCAGCUGCUCCUGGUGAGGCGCGGUCUCACGGUUAGAAGCCAAGAGGAACAGAGACACAGGAUGGUGUCCCAUGAGCUCAGAAGAGAUAACCUUCCAACCUGUGAAGAAAGCCCAAGCCUCACCCUGGAAGAAGUCGGCACCUGGGCUCAGUCAUUCGACCAGUUAAUGUUCACUCCGGCUGGAAGGAACGCUUUUCGGGAAUUCCUCCGAACAGAAUUCAGUGAAGAAAACAUGCUCUUCUGGAUGGCGUGUGAGGAACUGAAGAAAGAAGCUAAUAAAAAUGUUAUUAAAGAGAAAGCAAACAAAAUAUAUGAAAACUACAUUUCUAUCCUUUCUCCUAAAGAGGUCAGCUUAGACUCCCGAGUAAGAGAAGUCAUCAACAGGAACAUGGUGGAACCAUCCCAGCACAUAUUUGAUGAUGCACAACUGCAGAUUUACACCUUAAUGCUCAGAGACUCAUACCCUCGGUUCAUGAGCUCUGCUCUCUAUAAAGAUUUGCUUCAGUCCUUAUCUGAGAAAUCAGUUGAAGCAUAGGAUGUUAUCAAAUAUACUUAUAAAUAAAACAAUAAAAGAGCU